AUGAGUUCAUAUUCACCUAAACCCGAACACAAAAUACACCCGCAUUCCAGCCCAGGAUCCCCAGCCAACGAUUUAUACAGUUCGACCAUCGAGUUCAAGGUCCGUACCGAACCUCUAUGGCCCGAAGAUCGAAACCACUCCACCCGCUGGGACCUCUCCCGCGAACUGAACAGCUCCCAAAAUGGGAACUUGUCCGGCUACCAGAGUAGUACCGACCACCGGCAGCUCGCCGGCCACGUCCAGGUCACCCGUACCAGUGCCUCCAUAUGCCCCAGCCACUUCGGCACCGUUCCAACCAUAACCGGAGCUCCCCAGAUUACGAACGGUGAAUGCCUCCUCCGCAAUUCAUACAACUCUGCACCGUGCGGGUGUGGCCAGGGGUACAUAGAGUACCCGCUGCCGACGCCGUGGCUGGGUGGCACUUGCGGUGCGGGCUUCGAGUCCGGGGUGGUGCCUGCCUCUGACGGUGGGGGCUUCGCGGUCAGGAGCGCCUCGCUUGUACCGCCUAGCGGGGUAUCAGUGCUGUCGGAGAACGAGUACACAGGCGCUCUGGCUGUAGUGGGCCAAGUGCCCUUCCUGGGCACAGCGUACUUGGAGGGCGCGGUGCCAUCCGCAGGCAACGGGGCCGUUACCUACGGCUGCGGCUACGGCGACGUGCGCAUCGUCAGCGAGGAAAGCACUGCUCCUGGCGUGGGCUUGGCUCGCCUCCCUGGCGCCGUCGCGAGCGCCCCAUGGGCCACUGCUGACAUCGGUUACAAUAAUGGGUGGGGCACCUGCGGCUGCGGCCGAGGGAUAUUGGCUUAU